CACAACAAUAAAUAAUGUGUAAAUCAGAGAAAAAAAGCCGUCUUGAAGAAGAAGAUCGCCUAAGCAAUCUUACUGACGAUGUAUUGUGUCACGUUCUCUCAUUUCUUGACACACAAUCUGCCUGCAAAACAAGCACCCUCUCAAAGUCAUGGCAUCACAAAUCACUCUGGGCCUUACUCCCUCACGUUUCUUUCUCUUAUUUCAGUUACUCUUUCCGCCAAAACCCUAAAUCACACUUUCAAAGUUUUAACCGCUUCAUAAACAGAGUGUUGAAUUCAUACCAACCGCUACAACAACAAAAUCAAGGAAAUAAAAGAUUCUCCCUAAAUUACCACAGCGAUUCGAGUUUUGAACCGAAUCAAUUCAACAAGUGGAUCCGUGGAGCACUAGAACGCAAUGCUGAAGAGAUUGAGGUUAAUGUUGACCUAACUAUGGUGGUGCAGGUGCCUGUGAGUGUUUUCAGCUCCGUGACGCUCACAACCUUGAAGCUUCAGGGCGAGGCCACACUCUAUUCUCUUUAUUUUCCGCCAUGUUUAUGUUCUCUCAAGGUUCUGAGCUUGAAGAUGCGUCAGAGCGACGCUACCGAACUGGUAUCAACGCUAUUGUCUAGUUGUCCCGUUCUUGAAGAAUUCUACUUCGAUGGAUUCUGCGGAACGAUGAGAAUUACCGCGGCUCCUAAAUUGAAGAAAGUGGUUGUCAACAAUGAGAGUUUUAUGUGGUCAACGGAGCUGUUUGAGAUAGAUGCGCCGUCGUUAGAGUAUUUUUCACUUAAGGACAUGGAUCCUGAACGCUAUGUGGUUAAGAAUUUGGACAAUGUGAUGGAAGCAGAGUUCUCAAUAAUGCUGGAUAUGAGAAAAAGUUCAACUGGCUUGUUCAAUCUUCUUCAUGGAUUAUCUAGUGUUAAAUCUUUGCAUGUAAAUAUUUCUUUUGAGGGGUCACUUCCAGAAAUUUCCACGGAUGAUGUAAGCUACGGAGUGAAACACAAUCUUAAUUAUAUGAAUGUUGAAUUUUCAAUUAUAGUAACUUAACCCUUUUUCUUUUUGAUGUUUGUAAUUACAACUUUCCAAUUCCCCAAUUCCC